UUGAAUCCAGGGGGGGCGGGGGGUUUAGUGUCUCGCUUCUCUUCGCGUUGACAGUUUAUCCCCUUCAACAUCUUGGGGAGGUCGUCAAUGGAGGUUUUGAGCUCUGCCCUACCUAAUGGUUCCUUCAAUUCCUCGUCUUUCUCGUCUAAACUUUCCUGGAAAGUCAGCGACAGGAAAAACCGACACCGGUUCUACGUGCCCAUCUCCAAAUUCCGCCACACUCGCUCAUCACCGUGUUACUUCGCUCCAACUCUCAAGGUCUCAGCGCGUCUCGGCGUGACAUCGAGGCGGCGGAAUUCUCUGAGGAAGAAGCUGAUUGGCGAUCAGAGUUUGCGUUUGAAUCCCAAUUCUUCUGACGCAGGUACCAAACCUCGAAACCCGGAUCGCAGUUUCGAUCAUAGUGUUGAGGGGAGUGGAGAUUUGGUUGAAUUAACGAAUACCGAGGGGUUGAAAGAGGGAGUCCCUGAAGAUUCCAAUCUUCUGAAUGAACUUGAGAAUUGGGUUUCUCAGUAUAAGAAGGAAGCAGAAUACUGGGGGAUUGGUUCAAGUCCCAUUUUCACGGUCUUCCAGGGUUCGGAUGGUAAGGUGGAGAGAGUAGAUGUUGAUAAAGAUGAGAUUUUACGGAGAAGACAGGCUUUCGAGGACCUGCCCACGAUGAAUUCUAAGGUUAUAUAUGCGAAGAAAUUAGCUGAACAGAUGGAAAAUGGGGAAAAUGUGAUUCGGAAAGACAGUUCUGUGGCCAAGUUUGUUUCUUCAAAGGAAGAGUUUCAUUUCUUUAGCUCAGUUCACAAUGCAAUUCCUCAUCUUGACUUGGUUCAUAAGUUGCCGGCAAUAGGAGGAUCUGUCAUUUGCAGUUUUGUAGCAUUUUGGGUGCUGAAGCUGGCGUUUAAGUAUGGCAAUAGCAAAGAAAUGGAAUACCCAGAACUGGAGAAACAGAUGAUGAGGAGGAAGAUGAAGGCUUGGAAGGAAAAGGAAGCAUUAAAGAAGGGUACUGUGGAAGUUUUAAGGGAGGAUGUGGAAGAGACACAUGUGUCUUUUGAGAGGCCGAAGCUGGAUCAGCAAAAACUCAUGAGCAGCAUAUCUAGAGUGAAGGGUUCAAGGAAUAAUUUGGAAAUCUUGAAUUCUUCCCAGGCUGAAUCCUCUGAUUUUAAUGACAAAAUCCAUGAAAUCAAAACUAUGGCUAGACGGGCCCGGGAGAUAGAAGCUGGAGGAGAACCUGAUGAACAGGUGAAGGGGUUUGUAGAUGGACAAGCGGUUGAGGAUGGUGAAGAUACAACCAUAAAAUCUAUAAACACCAUUCCAAGUCAAGAUUUGGCACACAGUGAAAGUAAAGAUGAAGAUGAAGGUUUGAGGGUUUCAGCUGAAAAGGAUCAAGACAAUGCCAUCCAUCCCCCUCGUGUGGUUGUUCCUGAGGGAAAUAGGGUUAAUCAAGAUUCUCCCUUUCCUAAUCAUGACCUGGCACAAACCCACGCAGAAACAGAGAAUAGUAUGCCUCCGGUAAUUCCUGCCAACAAAAUCAUCCAAUCUUCCGAUCCUUCUAAAGAGAAACCGUUCAUGAAGAAGAAUGGUACUGGUUAUAGGCCACGGGUCAUACGUUCAGUGAAAGAGGCUAAAGAGUUCCUUUCAAAUAGAAGUGUUGGUGAAGAGCUUUGCCAAGAACCCUCUCAGAUGACAAUUCAGGACAGGGAAAGAUUUUCGAAGCAACAAGGAAACAAUGAUGAAGAGCCAAAUGGGGUUAGAAGAAGGGCUUCAGAGGAAUUGAAAGAUAAAAACAAAAACUUUGAUACAACCAGUUUCGACGGAAUGUUUAAACUUACACUUGAUUCAGAUUCUUCUGGAAAUUUUUUACAGGAUGAUAAAGAUACUCUUGCCCAAAAGAACGAUGGUCAGGAAUUUAUAAAACCUGGGCAUAAGGAUGAGGGACCAGACAAAGAGGGGAAAUUUGUGAAUUCACUGGAAGGGCUUGCAGCGAGUCGUAAAACAGCCAAAAGUUCUUUGGAUAAUGAGCAUAAAGAGAUGGAACAAGCAGCAAGGAGAGAGAACUGGAUGGAGAAAAACUUUCAUGAAUUCGGGCCUAUUGUUGAAAAGAUGAGAACUGGAUUUAGAGAUAAUUAUAUGGCAGCUCGAGAGAAAGAAAGCCUGCAAUCCUCUACAAUUACAGACAUUGCGAAACUUUACCCUUACGAGGAUGAUGAUGAACUUGAGUGGAUGAAGGACGAUAAACUAAGAGACAUUGUCUUCCGUGUUCGAGAUAAUGAGCUGGCUGGUCGGGAUCCUUUUUACUCAGUGGAUGCUGAAGACAAGGCCAUGUUCUUCCAAGGCUUGGAGAACAAGGUUGAGAAAGUUAAUGAAAAAUUAUCUCACCUGCAUCAAUGGCUUCAUUCAAACAUUGAAAAUCUCGAUUAUGGAGUUGAUGGUAUCAGUCUCCACGAUCCACCCGAAAAAAUCAUACCACGAUGGAAAGGGCCUCCACUAGAAAAGAGCCCUGACUUUCUUAAUAACUAUCAUGAACAAAGAAGUGCAUUGUUUUCUGGAAAAUCUGCGUCGGAAACUCCCGUGAAGAAGGAAGAACAAAGCUCUCUUCAGAAUCCGGCAGUGUCUGGUUCGAUCGAGAAUAUUUCUACUUCAUCAACUGACAGUUCAGCAAGUCAGUCGAAGAUCGUUAUAGAAGGAAGUGAUGGUUCUAUCAGGCCUGGAAAGAAGUCAGGAACGGAAUUUUGGCAGCACACGAAGAAAUGGUCCCGCGGGUUCCUGGAACUGUACAAUGCAGAGACCGACCCAGAAGUGAAAGCUGUUAUGAGGGACAUGGGAAAGGAUUUGGACCGAUGGAUCACUGAGGAAGAGAUAAAAGAUGCUGCUGAGGUAAUGGAUAAACUACCAGACAAGAACAAGAAGGUCAUAGAAAAGAAACUCAACAAACUCAGGAGAGAAAUGGAGUUGUUUGGACCUCAAGCUGUUGUCAGCAAAUACCGCGAGUAUGGACAAGAGAAGGAAGAAGACUAUCUAUGGUGGUUGGAUCUUCCGCAUGUUCUGUGCCUAGAGUUAUACACAGUUGAUGACGGGGAGCAACGAGUAGGAUUCUAUGCCUUAGAGAUGGCGGCAGAUCUCGAACUAGAACCCAAACCACAUCAUGUGAUCGCCUUUGAAGACGCUUCUGACUGCAAAAACCUCGCUUACAUCAUUCAGGCUCACUUGGAUAUGCUUGGAAAGGGCAAUGUUUUCAUUGUCCCACGUCCACCCAAGGACGCCUUUCGGGAAGCCAAAGCAAAUGGGUUUGGUGUAACAGUUAUAAGGAAAGGGGAAUUGAAGCUGAAUGUGGACCAGCCACUGGAGGAGGUGGAAGAACAGAUAUGUGAGAUAGGGAGCAAAAUGUACCAUGAAAAGAUCAUGGGGGAACGCUCGGUGGAUAUAAGCUCGCUAAUGAAGGGCGUGUUUAAUCUGAAAUCCAAACCUACGGGAAGAAGGAAACGGUCAAAGAGGAUACUGGAAAAGGGCUUCAAGCCUUCAAAUAACCAAAAACCACAAACGUGAUGAUGCCUAGAAACGUUUGAUGAGACUGGGACGUUCAUCACUGAUCGUAGAGUUCAGUCUUCCAGACAGGUCACAACCUACAUUCAGGUCUAGAAGCAGUUAAAAAUUUUACCUAAGAUGUUGCCUCUUGUCUCCUGAUUCAGACAGAAAAUUAAGUUGAGAUAAGCUAAUUCUGUUUUUAAUGUGCC